CAUGUUUUCGGGUGCGUGUGUGUGCGCGUGCAUGUGCGGGGUGGUCGCCGAACGGAGGAUGCGGGCCAGGUGUGCGGGCUGGCGCUGGCGGGCGCGAGUGUGAGCCUUUCGCUACGCUGCCCCCGGGUGCGAGUGUGUGUGCCACAGACGAGGGCAUGAGAUUGGGCACGGGCACUGCCACCCUGCUGCUGCUGCUGCUGCUGCUGGGGUGGGUGGCCGUGGCAACAACAGAACUCACAGCACCACUCAAAGAAUGCUGGGAGACACGGCCAUGGAAAAAGGGCAACUGGAGCUGCUUUGCUCCCAAACCCUUCCUCAUCUUUGGGUAUGGGAAUGCCAUAUUCCGGAUGGACCUGGACGGACAGGCCCAGAAGCGGGUUGUAGCCAGAGCUGGAACAUCAGCACUCCUGGACUUCCAUAUGCUGUCUGGAGCCAUUUUCUGGGCCGAUGGGAACACAGGCAGCAUCAGCCGAGUAGACAUGGACGGAACACAAAGACAAAAGCUUCUUGUCUCAGAGAGAGGAAUCUCGGGCUUAGCGGUGGACUGGAUUCGCAGUGUUCUUCUUUGGACCAAUCAGGAAAUGGGAACCAUUCACAGGGUCAAGCUAACUGGGAAAGGCCAGAGGACUGUUCUAAGGCAUCUGUCCCAGCCAAGCAGAAUAGUCCUGGAUCCAAAUGAUGGGUUUAUGUUCUGGCUGUCUGAUGGCGUCACUCCAAGUAUCCAGCGUGCCAACAUGAAUGGGGAAAUGGGUACAACGGUUCUGAAGAUUGCGGACCGGCUAGAGACAUUGUCGAUCAACAUCUUAGAGCAACGACUGUUCUGGAUACAGAAGGGCUUAGACAACCACAGUGCCAUUGGCUCAUGUGACUACAAUGGGAAUGCAAUCAAUGUCUUUAAUCAGGCCUUACAUUCAAAGACACCAUGGAUGGCUGUGUUCCUGGACUUUGUGUACAUCUCAGAGGAGACAUCGCAGAGCAUUGUAAGACUGGACAAGGACACAGGGAGCACACCAGAGACCAUCAAUGUCAAACAUCUUUUGCACCCUCUUGGAGAUAUCAAAGUCGUACAUCCUCUGCAACAACCCGUGGAGCGGAAGAUCAUUCACUCCACCCCAGGAUGUGAUGAGCACACGGGUGACUGUGUGAGGGUGUGCUCCGACCACGGAGAGGAGGGUCAGUGCCAGUGCAAAGAUGGCUUCACCCUCAGUAAACAUGGCAACAUCUGUGAAGAUAUUAACGAGUGUGCCCUCUGGAACCACGGCUGCUCUCUGGGCUGUGAAAAUGUCCCAGGCUCCUACUUCUGCACGUGUCCCCGAGGCUACGUCCUGCUGCCGGACAUGAGGACGUGUCAUGAGCGAAGGCCGUGCUUGGAGAAUGCCACAGUGUGUGAGGGCUCCUGUGUCCACACCCAGUCAGGAGAUGUGUGUUUGUGCACCGACGGUGGCGUCUUGCAACCCGAUGGACACUCCUGUUCUGGAUGCAGUGCUGUGGACAGAGGGGGGUGUAGCCAGGCAUGUGUGCCUCUUGGCCCUGGCCUAUGGGAGUGCGAGUGCUCCCCUGGAUUCAAGCUCCAGCCAGAUGGAAAGAACUGCAAUUCCACAGGACCUGCCCCGUACCUGCUCUUUGCAAACCUGGUGGACAUUCAUCGAGCGAACACAGACGGAACCGAGAGUAGGAGAGUUGUAGAGGAACCUAGAGGAACCAUCAUAGCCUUGGACUACGACCCAGUGGAGAGCAAGGUGUAUUUUUCCAGCAUGUCUCAGGGCCACAUUGAAAGGGCAAAUCUAAGUGGUGGAGAGCGAGAGGUGGUGGUGUCUUCCGGGUUGGACUCCCCCGAGGGCCUGGCUGUGGACUGGAUCAACCGCAAGCUCUACUGGACAGACAGAGGGCUCUCCAGUAUCUCCAGAUGUAGUCUAAGUGGGCAGGACCAACAGCUGCUCAUAGACAAGGGCAUCCACAAGCCUCGGGGCAUUACCGUAUACCCACAGGCCCAGAAGUUGUUCUGGACAGACAUUGGCCCCCGUCCCUGCGUGUGUGGGUCAAAUCUGGAUGGUGGUGCUCGUGUUGUGAUUGCGCGGGAGGAUCUAGUGACCCCUAGUGGUCUAGCACUGGACCUGCACGCUGAGCGCCUGUACUGGUGCGACCUGCAGAGGGGCUCUGUGGAUUCAGCCAACCUGGACGGGUCACACCGGCACACACUGGCCCAGACACAAGUAGGUCUCCCAUUUGGCCUGGCUGUGUUUGGGGACUCUGUGUGGGUCUCAGACUGGCAAGGCAAUCAGCUGCUGAGGCUGUCGAAGGACCGAAGACCCCCAGCUCCUCAGCGCCUUAGUGUCCGUGUAGUACAGCCUGCCGGCCUUGUCAUCGUGCACCCCCUUGCCAAGCCAGGAGCAGACAUGUGUCUCUAUCAGAAUGGAGGUUGUGCCCAGCUGUGUGAGAGCAGACUUGGAUUGGCUCAUUGUUCCUGUCACUCAGAGUAUAGCCAAUCGUCAGAUGGCAAAGGCUGCAAGCCGUCCAGUGAGUUCUUCCCAAUGCCAGGGUCUGGGGAUGAGGAUUCCAGUGCUCAGACUCAGAGGAAAACUCUAAAUGAUGAAGGUUUUCCCCUCCCUCCACCUGAGCUACCAGAGCCCACACUCAUUACAGAGAAGAUGGUGUCAGACCAGGAUGACUGCUUCUCUCUGACAUGUGACGUCAAUGCUCAGUGCAUUCCUCAGGAUGGAAAUGUGGCAUGCCAGUGCCUGCCAGGCUUCACAGGGAAUGGAGAGAUCUGCGUGGAUAUUGAUGAGUGUACUUCAGGACUGGGGGAGUGUGUGAGUCCACUAUCAGAGUGUGUGAACACAGUAGGGGGUCACUACUGCAGAUGCAGUGCGGGCUUCACUGAGGACGGACACCACUGCACAGACAUAGACGAGUGUCGACUGGAUCUGCAUGGCUGUCAUGAGUGGGCCGAGUGUGUGAACACAGUGGGGAAGUACAGCUGCAUCUGCAGCGCUGGAUACACCGGCACAGGAUUCACAUGCCACGGUGAGUCUCAUGGUACCGGCUCCUGGCCAACCACGGUGAGCCCAGUUGCGGUGACCAAGGGCAGCAAGAGGGAGCGGUGCCCGGCCUCCCACGAGGCCUACUGCAUGUACGAGGGAGUGUGUUUCUAUUUCCCAGAGAUGGAGACCUAUGCCUGCAACUGUGUGUCUGGCUACAUGGGUGAGCGUUGUGAGUACAGUGACCUGGAGUGGUGGGAGCUGCAGCAGCAGCAGGAGAAGGAGAAGCGUCGCCACGUGGCCAUCGCCGUCUGCCUCAUCCUGCUCAUCGGCCUGCUGGCCACCGCCACCACACUCACAUACUACUACGGGUACAGAAGGCUGAAGAGGAAAGAACACCCGUCUGUGGACAACAUGAGUGAAGGCAGUACUAGUGAGGACAGCGGCACAGAGAUCACAACAGCGACACCACGGUUUUAUGUGGUCCUGGAGCAUGGGGCGUGUGUGGAGGGGGCUGUGGUGCAUGUUGUUGGUUGCCCAAAGAGACAAAUAUGUCCAUCCUGCUCCUCAGAGACAGGUGACAGUAUGGUGUCAGAAGAGCCGAGUGUCCAGUUGUCCCCAUCAGAGCAGAGGAGAGGUGGGCCUGGCUGGGGCCAGCAGCCUCCAGCGGACCCUGACAGGCCAGAGACCCCUGGGACCUCCGCCAAGCCCUCAGACAACCUCAUCUUACUGGAUGAGCCAAGGUCCCCCAGUCCCCCCCUUCUCUGAAACAGUAUCCCCUCAUCGCACAAUCACAUGCAUGCUUGUGCACAUACACACACACGCAUGCACACACACACACACGCACGUGCACUACAGACACACACACACACGCACGCACACACAAAGAUACAAAACAAUAGAGAGUAAGGAGAGGAAAUAUAUGGAUGUAACACAGGAAAUGUUCAGUUACUGAUGAUAUUUGGUGUGUGUGCGCGUGUGUGCACGUGCGUGUGUUUGUGUGUGUAUGUAUGUGUGCCAUGGGUAUAGGAUGUGCAUGCUCGUACCUUCAUGUGUGUGUGCCCUCCUUUAGCUUCCUUCAAAGAAAAGUUAUCUCAAGAAAAGUCAUCUCAAAAAGAUUGCAAGAAGUGUUUUGUGCAUGUGUGUGUGCGCGCACAUGUGUGCCUGUCUGUAAGUAUGCAUAUAUGUGUGUACGGAAGUAUGUAGGUAUGUAUGUGAGUUUUACAGAUUGGAUCCUGUAAGAGAAAUGAUAGUGGCUUAUACAAACAUUUUUUAACCCCUUGUGUUGUUUCUUCUGCACAGAGGAGUAAGCUAUGUAGGCUGCUGAUGUUAACAGUGAUGGAUUCAUUUGUUACA